AUGUCUACCAAGGCUACAGUAUCACUGGUGUGUACAUCGAUAUCUCUGGAGAGGUCAAGCAUUGCAUUGUUUAAAGAGACAGAAGAUUUACUCGAGAAGUGGAAGCACCCGGAUCCAUACCGCCCACCUACUGCACCUGGAGGAUCGAAAUACGAACGAAACCUUCCAGCACCAAUUCUCGACCCUCCGCCAAAGAUGGUCUUGUAA